AUGGCGGGGUCGGCGGGCAAACACAACGCGCACGGUGUGGCUUCCUUCCACCUUUCGGGGCUCCUCGACCAGAGCCGCCAGCUGGUCAUGGCGUACAGCAACAGCAAGCGAAGACUAGAAGACGACGCCAGCACAGCUACGUCGGCACUUCCAUCGGCGAUCACGGAUGUGGCUCCGCGGCUAAAGAUGCGAGCUGAGAUCUGCCAGAGGAAACGGCGGGAGAUCCCCAGGGGAGGGGUCGAGGACUGGCACUUGACGGACGAGGAGCGCUUCGUGCGCUGGCCCGGCGCACUGUCGCUAGCGAGGCCUCUCCGCACUCUGGAGGAGGGCUCAGCGGAGCGCACCGGGCCGGCGACAGAGGAGCCCAGGCCGUUUUCGCGGGCGAUUUUUGUGGUGGAAUACGAGGAAGGGGGGGCUCUCACAAGAGAUGUUACGGCGGCGAUGGACAGCAUCAACGGCCGCGCCUUGAACAACAUUCGGGGCUCGCUACGGGCGUACGUUCUCUCUCCAGAGGAGAAGCAAGCGGCAGAUGACGGCGCUCUGGACAUCGUGUGCGGUUUCAUGAUCAUCGACGAUUGCAGUCGCACGAUGGUGCUAGAGGGGUUAUGUGGGCCCCAGGGAGGACUCACUGCACUCUUGAAAAAGGUGGGGCGCACCGGGCCAAACGGGCAGGCGUAUCGAGCGCUGGAGAACCCUGAAGUGAGGUUCUCAAGGCGGAUGUACACCUGUUUCGAUGCUGACUUGAAGAAGGUACGAUUGCGAGACCCGCUACCAACCCUCUGCCAGAACCCAGAAAUCUAUGACCGUUCCAAGGUCAGCGCCGACUGCUUCGACGCUCUCCACUGCCUACGGAUGCUGCGAAAGGUCGAUAGGUUACGGGAGGCCGCGGAACAAGGCCUUUUUCCCGAGGGUGCUCAACUUAUUCAGGUAGAGAGCAAGUACGGGGAGUCCGUGUCCGUCAAGGACAUCACUGGGCGGAACCCCGUCAAGAAGAGACGAGGAAACCCUGCCGCUGGAGAUGGACCAGCCGUAGACACCACUCCCACCGCCUCCACAAACAUAGAAAACGCCGCCACCCUACCCGGCGUAGCAGGAGGGGACGGAGAGGGUAACCUGAGCAUGGGCAAGCAAGCGCCGGCCAGGCGGAAGGCCUCGACAGAUUCUACAAACCUGGCCUUCGAGGAAUGGCUGAGGGGUAGGCGAUCGAGGGACUUCUUGGCGGAACAGGUGAUUAGACUGGUCACCGGGAACUGGUCAGUGGGGAGGGCUUAUGGGCAAGGUGGGGUCACCAAAGGGCUCAGUGAUACGAGGGGGGAGACAGUGCCCACGGAGUGGUGCUACGGCCCUCAGAAACUUAACUAUGUCGAGCUGAAGAAGGCGGAGAUGAGAGAAAGGCUGGCAAAGGAGAAGGGCGCCACUUUCACGUACAGCAUGGACUACGUGAGCCAGACCGUCAGUCUAGUGGACGAGUUCCGCGUUAAAGAAGACGAGGAGGUGAAUACGAAUCUUGACGUUUCAACGGUCAUCUUCCCCUCCCAAAGUCAGGACUAA